AUGUCGCCACGAAGGUCAAUAUUGCUGGCAAGACCCAGAGAGCAAAAGACACCACAGGUUGAAGACACACCAUAUGAAGGCCCUCGUCAAUACGUGGAGCAAGGAGGAAUCCUUGAGACCGAUGAUGAUGUUCCCGAGAGCCUUCGGGAGCAGCCGUAUGCUGAGGAGAACCAGCGACAUGAAAAGCGGAAGAAAACCCCAGAUAAUUCUGCAGUCGGUUCGAUGUGUCCCCCGAUCAAUAUCAAUGUCCUCCCGGCUGCUCAACAAUCGAUAUCUACUCCUGAUAAUGGCGCCACGCCUGCUAAGCCUGGCUGUGCCGACUCAAUCAUGGUUCACGGGCUACUUGAUGUCGCCGUGGAGGAAUAUACCGAAUGGCAGCAAUCCCGGGUGAGCAACGAGGCUUUCAGAGAUCACAUCAACAAAGCACGCGAUGUGACUCUCGAAAAUUGCCUCGAUCUCAUGCAGAUUUAUGAGGAUCGAGACCAGGGCUUUUUUGUCAACCAUGGCGUGAAAGUAGGUGCCGCCCAGCGGUUCGUAAGUGACAUCGGCCUUUGGGUGAAACGACAUGCAGAAGUCAAUUGCAACGAAAAUAACAGUAAUUCAGUCUAG